AUGGAUCCGCUCUCCCUGAAGUCGCUCCUGCUCCUGCUGCCGCUGCUCGGAUGCUGUGUGGGGCAGGGCAUUCUGGCCGAAGGUCCCGUGGCUGCACUUUUGGGGGGAAAUGUCACCCUGAAAACUACGAUUACGAACCAGAACCCCAGCGUCAUAAUCUGGAAUUUCAAUGGCGCAAAUAAUGUGGCUACAUUUACAGGUGGAUCUGUGAAAGUGAAUGCAGCUUACACGGGGAGAGUUUCGCUUAACCCCACCGACGGCUCCUUGACCCUGUCCGCCCUGAAGCCUGGGGACAGCGGGGAUUAUAGCGUCACUGUGAUAACAUCUGAUACUCUAGCCGGAGAGACUAAACUUCAGGUGGUCGAGCCCGUCUCCGACGUGAUCAUCAACUCCAACGUUCCUGAUGCCAUUGAAUACAACAGCACUGUGAUUCUUACCUGCAGCGCUAAAGGCUCCUUGCUCAGCUUCAAAUGGAUCAACGGCAGCGCGCCCAUCGUGGUCGACGGCACACGCAUCACAGAGAUGAAGACGAACUUGUCCAGCGUGCUGACCAUCAAAAAUGUUCUGAGGACGGACCUGGUGGGUCCGAUCUACUGCUCAGCAUCUAACUCGCUGACAACGAAAUCUACCACCACCCCUUUCAACCUCACCGUCUACUACGGACCUGAUGAUGUCACCAUCACGCCUGCAAAUCCACCCAAGUUCGUCCAGGCAGGUUCCACGUUCAACCUGAGCUGCUCGGCCAGCUCCCUGCCGUCCGCCUCCUUCACAUGGUACUAUAACGGGACAAUGAUUGGGACUUCCAGCUCCGUCCUCACUCUGGAUAUGAUCAAAGCCCAAGGGUACACGAAGGCGGCUGAUUACACCUGUCGGGCUGAAAAUCCCAAGAGCAAACGCAACGUCGCUUCCCCGGCUGUUUCCUUUGCCAUUAUGGAGGGAAUCUCGAGUGUUAAAAUCAUCGGUCCGACUGGUGUCCUCAUCGCCGACAACAGCACGGCAAACCUCAGCUGCCAGGCGACGGGGGGCACCGUGGGGGACAUAGACUGGCUGAAAGACGGUAAACCUCUAGGGCCUUCCAGCCCUCGUGUGGUUUUUGCUGCUGACAAAACUUCAGUGCAGAUCAGCCCGCUGCAGAAGGACGACAAUGGAAGGUUCACCUGUCGGGUCAGCAACGCCGUCAGCAGCAAAGAAGCCCACUACAACAUGCAGGUCGUCUAUGGUCCUGAACAACCGACUAUAACGGCUAGAAAAGCCGUGGAAGUCAAUCAGCGAGAGGAGCUCACCUGCUCCGCUGCAUCUGUUCCUCCUGCCAACUACACCUGGAAGUUAAACGGCACCGCAACUACAACCACAGCGGCGGUGUUCAUUAUUGCAAGUGCAACAUACAAAGACACUGGAACGUACACAUGUGAGGCACGCAACAUCAUCACUGGCAAGACCACCUCCACCAGCCACAACCUGUCUGUCCGAGGGGAGGGAACGCUGGAUGGUCUCUCAGAUGGAGCCAUUGCUGGAAUCGUCAUCGCCGUCAUCAUUGCUGUGGUCCUCGUUGUCGUAGGCGUCUAUUAUUACUGCCGACAGAAAGUCCCAGUGCUUCAAAUGUCCAAACAGUGUGAGGAACGUUACUCCCCCGCUCCGUGUUUUCCUCCGCUGUGUCUGCCACUUCAUGACCUCCCAGGAAACGUUCUUCAUUCCUCUCAUGCCUCGGCGUAUUGA